CUGUCUCCAAGACUAGAUCCGAUACAAGGGAGGCGAGAAUGCGAGGCUGGGAGAGAGGAAGACAGCUCGAAAGAUUUCAGGAUUGAAGCAUAAAUAGGGAGAACAGAAGAAAACGAAGGUAAUAAAAAAUACAGGAAUGCGGUCUCAGAAGUUGUCAAGUUUUUUGCGCGGCUGAACGAGUUAUACACGGGACAAAGAUCCUCUUUCGGGCGCUAGUAACCUCAAGUCGACAGCAGCGCUUCGGAGAAAAGAAGUUGACCGAUUUAAAAAGUUUUGAAAGGACCGAGAAAGUUGGGGAAACCCACUAAAACGGUAUUAAAUUGCACUUAGAUGUUCGUGUGAAUAAGGCAAAUGGAGAAGAAGAGACGAGUUAUCGAACACGGGACGGGACGGUAAAAAAAGAGGAACAUUUAAGGAAAACUGGAAAUCACUUUUCGGAGAAAGGAGUUAGAAUGAAUUAGUGCAAUAUCAGUGAGUAUUGCUGCACCACCAAGCUCGGUACAGAUGUCGGAGGACGGGACCCCUCCCCCAGGUCUGAGCAGACCUCCCAGCGAGGCCUGCGGAGCCCCCCCGCAGAGUCCGCCCCACACACCUGGCACAGAAGCUGAGGAGAGCAGUGUGCCCCAGGGCCUUAUGGGAACCCCCACAGAGAAGGAGGAGGUGUUGGAGAACGGACACAGCAAUGGCAUCUCCUCACCCAACCCCAGCAUCACCUGUCAGCCUCAGGCCCGGUCGACCCCCCUGCUCCCCCCCCCGACCCCCCCGGACAGCCCGUCCGACUCGACCAGCCUGCUGCAGAACGGCGUGAGCGCCCCGCCCCCCCAGCUGAACGGGGGGGUGAGGAACGGCCGCACACGAGAGCCCCGCCCGCCCCCCGCCCCCGCCCCCCCGCGCCCCCCCUCCCAGAAGCCCCGGCGUGAGCUGCGGUCCAACCCCUCCAUCACCAGCCAGGCCAGCAAGAGGAGCAAGAGCAGCUCCCGAUCAGGAGGCUCACAGAUCCCCACCGAGGCGCAGGACGACUGCUGUGUGCACUGCAUCCUGGCGUGUCUGUUCUGUGAGUUCCUGACGCUGUGCACGGUGGUGCUGGACUGCGCGUCGUGCGGCUCGUGUGCGUCGGACGCCUGCUGCUGCUGCUGCGGCUCGGAGGACUGCGGGGACUGCGACCUGCCCUGCGACAUGGACUGCGGCAUCAUCGACGCGUGCUGCGAGUCCGCAGACUGCCUGGAGAUCUGCAUGGAGUGCUGCGGCCUCUGCUUCUCCUCCUGA